AUGUGCGAUAAUACCAAUGGAAACUGUGAGAUAAAUAUGAGUUGCAGACUGACCGGCAGCGAGCUCACAAGCAUUUCUAUGGAUGGGGAUAUAAUAAUCGGGGCAGUGAUGCCUGUUCACAUAGACAAGAUCUACCCAAAGGUCAAUUACAAGGAGGCGCCUGGUCCGGCCAUCUGUAUGACCUUCAGGUUAGAUAACUACCAGCGUGCUCAAGCCGUGCAUUUCGCUGUGGAAGAAAUUAACAAAACCCCAGAUAUUUUGCCAAAUAUCACCCUGGGAUUCAAGAUCUUUGACUGUUGUAAAGUCCUCCAGAGAGCUGUGUCAGGAACUCUGCAGUUGUUAAGUGGAUAUGGAGAAUCUCUUCCCAACUAUCGAUGUAACCAGGAGACCCAAUUGGCUGCAGUAAUUGGACAUUCUACAUCUACAUACGCAAUUUCAAUGGCUCAUAUACUGGGGCUAUACAGGUAUCCUCAAAUCAGUCACUUUGCCACAAGUUCUCUUCUCAGUGACCAUAUCCAGUUUCCAUCAUUUUUUAGAACAGUCCCCAGUGACGCCUUCCAGUCUCAAGGUCUUGCAGAGCUGGUGUUGCACUUUGGAUGGACUUGGAUUGGUCUAGUGGCCAUUGAUAAUGAAUAUGGACAGCAAGGUAUCCAAAUGUUCAAGAGGGAAAUAAUAAAAGCUGGAGCUUGUGUGGCUUUCACAGAGACCAUAAUCUCCAGUCGGCAAGAUCGAAAUGCCCCACACAUUGCUCGGGUGGUUAAAGACUCAACAGCCACAGCGGUGGUCAUCUUCUCUCCUGAUAUAGACUUAAGCUUUGUACUAGAUGAGAUGCUGAGGCAGAAUGUCACAGGAAAAGUAUGUAUUGCCAGUGAAGCUUGGUCUACAUCAUCUUUCUUGUCAGUAAGUAAAUAUUCAGGACUUCUUCUUGGAGCAAUUGGUUUUGCCCUCCAUAGUGGAAGCAUGCCAGGGUUUGGAGAUUUCCUUAACAGGAUAAAUCCAUCAAUGAUCGUGGGAAACCAAUGGACAAAACUAUUAUGGGAACAAGUUUUUGGCUGCAAAUUCAGAGACCAGAUGUCUCCCAAAGUCAUUUCAAACUCAUCGAUAAAAGAAUGUACGGGCCAAGAAAGUCUUAAGAGCAUUCUGAACAAUUUCAAUGAUGUCUCCAGUCUGAGGGUAACAUACAAUGUCUAUCUAGCGGUUCAUGCAGCUGCAAAGGCUCUGGACAAUUUGGGUAAAUGCAAGAAGGGAGAUGGACCAUUCCUCAAUGGAUCAUGCGCUGAUAUUGAGAACUUGAAGCCUUGGCAGUUGCUGCACUAUAUGAAGAAGUUACAUCUGAACACGUCCAAUGGUAGACAACUCUUUUUCGAUAAGAACGGAGAUCCCCCUGCUGUGUACGAUAUUGUGAACUGGCAGCUGAGCCCUGAAGGACAAAUCCAACAAGUAAAAGUGGGCAGUUAUGAUACCAGUAUAACCAGUGGGAACAUCUUCACUAUUAAUACCAGCCACGUACAUUGGGGGACUGGAAACCUCAAGUAUAAGGUGAUGUAUGAGUGCUCAUUGGAAAACAACAUUACCUGCCCAUUUAAACAAAUUUUUCCUCAAAAUUGUUCCCAGGUACCUGUUUCAGUCUGCAGCCCUAGUUGUCCACCAGGCUUUAGGAAAGCAGCCAGAAAAGGCCAACCUUCCUGCUGUUUUCAAUGCAUUCCAUGUCCUUACGGAGAGAUAUCUAGCCGAACAGAUUCACUACAAUGUACAGAGUGCCCAUGGGAUAUGUGGCCAAAUCAAAGCCAAGAUCAUUGUGUUCUAAAGACGCAAGAAUUCCUUUCACUUGAAGAUCCACUGGGCAUCACCUUAACAACUACUGGCAUCUCCUCAUCAUUGGUUCCUGUGGUGAUCUUUGGACUUUUUAUCCACUACAGAACAACCCCCAUUGUUCGAGCCAAUAACUACUCCUUGAGUUGUCUUCUCCUUUUGUCACUAUCACUCUGUUUUCUUUGCUCUUUAGUCUUUAUUGGUCAUCCCCAGUAUGAGAUAUGUCUUUUAAGACAAGUAACUUUUGGUGUUGUAUUUUCACUUUGUGUCUCCUGCAUCUUGGCAAAAACCAUUAUGGUAGUCAUUGCUUUUAAUGCCACAAGGCCUGGGAGUCAACUAAGGAAAUGGACUAGUCCACGUGUAUCAUAUCUCAUAGUCAUCUCCUGUAUCCUUAUUCAGAUAUUUAUUUGCAUUAUGUGGCUGACAUUCUCUCCUCCCUUCUCGGAAGUCAAUUCAGAAAGUAAUUCUGAAAUACUAGUUAUUCAGUGUAAUGAAGGGUCACCAUUGGCUUUUUGGUCUAUGCUUGGCUACCUCGGUCUCUUGGCCUUCAUUAGCUUCAUUGUAGCUUUCUUGGCCAGGAGACUUCCCGACUGCUUCAAUGAGGCCAAGUUCAUCACCUUCAGCAUGCUGGCCUUCCUGAGCGUCUGGUUGUCCUACAUUCCAGCAUCUCUAAGUUCAAGAGGAAAAUAUAUGGUGGCCAUGGAGAUCUUUGCUAUCCAAUCGUCAACCUGGGGUUUGGUUAUUUGCAUGUUCAUUUUAAAAUGUUAUAUUAUUGUAUUUAGACCCGACAUGAACUCAAGGGAAAAACUGAUGUCAAAACAAAAAAAUGUUAAUUGA